GGUUUGAGUAUGAAUAUUAUAAAUUUAAGAAAUUAGUGAACAACUCAUAUUAGCAAUCAUGAACUUCAUCUCCAAAAGUCAUGAAUUCAGGCAUCUUUGGUUCUUUCAUUAGAAGCAUGACAUCCUUCAUCGAGACUUGUUGACUCUUUGGCAUGGGCUUUGAGAAGAGACUCUUUUGGCGCCUGAGUUCAGCAGACUCCUUCAACAAAUUACUGAUAUCGCUUUUUAGUGAAGGUUCUUCCUUUUCUCAAUCAUUGUCCUCUAUUCAAUGUUUUUCCAUUUUGGGAAUUAUUUUUCGAUGGAUUUCUGUCGCCUGAGGAUCGUACUUCAUACUAUUCACUCUGUUUCUCUUUUCUUCAUUGCUUAAAUCCCAUCCCAGAGAUUUGCAUUUUAACUCAAGCCCGAGCCCUAUGAGCUGAGGUAGAUCAUAUUUAGCAGAUUUACUCAUUUUAGGCCUAUUGAAUGAUGACAUAUUCAUGUUGGUACUAAGCCUCUCGUUGAUCUUUACUUUACUAGUAGCUGCAUUUUCGCUUAAGAAAUCCUCUGAAAGGUUUUCUUCAAAAUUUGUGAAUUCGAUUUUGUCCAUAUUUAUUAUUUAUCAACUUUCAUUCCCUUAUUAG